AAAGUUUACUUGGCCUGUCGGCAACGUAGGCGGGGUUUGGCGCGAGAUUGAUAGGAGCCCCACACGUAGGGCUUGAGCAGUGCUGAAUAACAUGAUAAGAGCAUCGUUAUAGUCCUUCCAACAUUCUUAGGCUGCAAUUGCAGCCCAGCAUGCGGCGCCAACACAGCGCGGACAGCAGCUGAGCUGAGGAGAGGGAGGAAAGCGGCGGUCGGUCGUCAGGAUGCCACCUCGUCGACAUGAUGGGGAGGAGGAGGAUGGGGGCGGCAUUAUGGGGAGCAUUCUGUUCGGCAACAUUGACGAGGAGGGCCGCGCGGACGUGGACUACCUCGACGAGGAUGCCAAACAGAACCUGGGCUCCAUUGCGGCGCAGCUGGGCAAAGAGGACAACCUGGCGCAGGAGGUGGCGGAUGACGGCCGUGGCGGCGACGGCGCGGCGGCGGCGGCCAUGGUGAUGCCGGUGGCGGGCGCGGUCAACUACGAGGCGGAGACGGAGGAGGUGGAGGACUAUGACGCCCCGCCGCGAGCCGCCGCGCCGCCGGUGCCCAUGCUGCACAGCUCGCUGGGCGUGCAGGCCUACAUGCAGCAGCAGCAGCAGCAUGCGGCGGGCGGCGGCGGCGACGACUACGACGACUACGACACGCCGGCGGCGGGCGGCGGCGGCGGCGGCGGCGGCAGCGCCCAGCCGGCGGUGGCGGGAGCGGCGGUUCCAGCAGGGCUCCGCAUGGCGCCUGGGGUGCCCUCCAUGGCGCCGGGGGUGCCGCUUGCGGCAGGGGCGGCGGCGGCGGCAGGGGCGGCGGCGGCAGGGGUGGCAGGGGUGGCGGCGGCUGUGGAUUUGGAUGCGGACCUGGAGGCGGCGUUUGACAGCCCGGAGGCCCGGCAGGACGCGCUGGGUGUGGAGUACCUGACGGUGCUGCCCAGCGGCGAGCGCGUCAUCCGCCACACCACCCUGCACAUCUUCACCGGCGACAGGCACGCGGCGGACAUCCGGGAGGCGGCGGCGGAGAACUACGCGGCCGCCGCCACCGCACGUGAGCGGCAGCUGCGCAUGCAGAAGCAGCACGCCGCGCGGCUGGCGGCGGAGGCGGUGCGGCGGGAGCGACUGGCCGCCGCCGCCGUGGCGGAGGCCGCCGCCACCGCCGCCGAGGCCGCCGCCGCCGGGGCCGGCGCCGGCGGCGCCGAGGCCGCCAAGGCGGCGGCGGCGGCCGCCGCCGCGUUGGAACUGGAUCCAGAAUUGGACGAGCAGCGGAGGGCGGCGGCGGCGGGGCGGCUGCCGGCGGCGCUGGUUGACGAUCUGGCGCUCAUGCGGCCUGGGCCGGGCGCGGCGGCGAAGACGCAGGCGGAAAUCGAGGCGGCGGAGCUGGCGGCGGCGCUGGCGGCGGCGCAGGCGGCCGCGGCGGCGGCGGCGGCGGGCGUGGCGACGGAGGAGGAGUUGGAGCUGGAGUUUGAGGACGAGGACUUGGAAGGCGGCGGCGGCGCCGGGGCGGCGGGCGGCGAGGGCGCGAAGCGGGCGGCGGAGGUUGAGGCCCGGCCGCGCAGGCCCUGCGACCCCAGCAAAUGCCCCAUCCACAGCUACGUGCCCGGACCCAUGGUGCUACUGCCGCCGCCGCCGCCGGCUGUAGCCGAGCCGGCGGCGGCGGCGGGGCCCGCGGCGCCGGGCGACGCCGCGGCGGCUGUGGCCGCCGGUGCUGCUGCUGCUGCGGGACAGCCGGCGGCGGCGCAGCAGCCGCAAGCGGCAGGGGCGGCGCAGCCGCCAGUGGCGACAUUGCAGCCGCCUGCUGCGGCGGCGGCGGCAGGCGCUGCCGCCGGCGCGCCGCCGCCGGCGGCGCAGCAGCCCACGGACCCAGUGACGGCCGCGUCGGCGGCCGCCGCCGCGGCGGCGGCGGCGGCGGCGGGUCGGCCCCACCAGUCGCACCAACCCUUGGGGACUGAUGAUGACCCGUACGAGAUUGUGCCGGCGGCGUUGACGGAGGCGCUGGCGGCGGAGCUGGCGGCGGCGCUGCGGCUGCAGCGGCGGCGGGACAGCGCGGCCUGGGACCCCGACCCGGGGGACCUGGGGGACGACUACCUGGCCGACGACCUGGCGGCGCUGUCCUCGGCGCCGCCGCACAUGCUGGGGCUGGUGCCUGAGGACCUGGCGUACCCCGUGUUCCAGGAGGACUGGGAGGAGGGCAUUCUGUGGGAGGGCGCGGACGCGGAGGGCGGCAAGGGCGGCGAGGGCGAGGGCGAGGAGGGCGCCGAGGAGGCGGACGGCUUGGCCGAUGGCGACGGACGGGCGGGCUCUCCGCAGCCCGCCAGGCCGGCGUCAGCCGGCGGCGGUGAGGAAGAGGAGGAGGAGGAAGAGGAGGAGGAGGAGCAGGCGGGUGCGAGUGGCGGCGUAGCCGCGAUGGAUGUAGACGGUGGUGGUGGUGCGGCGGCGGCGGCGGCGGCGGUUGUGAUGGCGGCGGCGCCUCAAAAGCGGCUGGCGACGGCGGCGGCUCGGCCACCGGUUGUGAUCAAACCGAACGGGCCGCUGACGGCGGCGCGUGUUUGGCGCGGCCGGCUGCCGACCACCGCUGGCGGCGACCUGCUGUCAGGCAAACUGAGGCUGGCGGCGGUGGCGGCGGCGGGCGCCGGCGGCAAGUACGAGGAGGAGGUCCCGCUGGCGAUGCUGGGCCGGCCGCUGGCUCGGCCGCUUCCGCGGGCUCCGGACCCGGCGGCUGUGGAUGAGCCCGACAUGCGGCUGUACACGGACGGCGCGCACCCGCAGAUGCUGCGGCAGCUGGAGCACUCGGGCUACGCGCCGCCGGGGCCCGGCGCCUUCGCGCGCAGCAGCGCCCGAUACUUCCACCCCGACCUGGCGCUGGCCAAGGGCACGCCGUGGGUGGAGGCCGCCGCCGGCGCUGACGCGGCGGCGGCGGCGCCGCCGCCGGCGGCGCCGCUGGUGCACAACUUGAACGACCCGGCAUUGGUGUAUCGGGCGCAGGCGCCGCUGCCCGCGGAUCCGUCGCCGGCGGCGGCCGCCGUCGCGGCGGCGGCGGCGGCGCGGCAGCAGCUGGUGCUGGCUCGGUCGGCGGCGCUGGUGGCGCCGCCGGUGCUGCGGAAAAAGGUGGUGCGGGGUCCGAUCAUGGAGGCGGCUCAGAGCGAGGUGAUUGGGCGGCAGCUUGCGGCGUUCAAUGUGUCGCAGGACUCGAACUACACACACCAGGUCAAGGCGCGUGUGGACCGCACCCAGAAGUCCCUGUCCAAGCACGGCACGCCCGCCAUCAUCCUGGCCACGCUGCCCGCCCGCCUCACCCGAGACGACCUCAUCCACUUCCACCGCCCCCGAGCCGUGUGGACGCCCGCGCUGGCGGCGGCGCGCGCGGCGGCGGCGCUGGCGGCGGCGGCGGCCAAGGCGGGCAAGGAGGUGGCGUACAUGUUCAAGUCCAUCAACGGCGCGGUGCUGAACCGCAUCAUGGACAGCUCCCACAGCUUCAAGACGCUGGCGGACGUGCUAGCGGUCCGUGACGGCGCCGGUCGCAAUGCGCUGGACAUUGGGUUCCCGCAGCACAAGGAGCUGCCCUGGCGCCUGCUGGGCGGCUGGCCGCUGGCGCCGCUCAGCCCGCACACACACCUGGCGGAGGCGGGCAUCAACAAGCCGCAAAACCACCUGUACGUGCUGCUGCCGGCUCUGCGCCUGGUGAGCCGGCCGCACCUGCCCGAGCCCGGCCAGCCGCUGAAGCCGCCCUCCGCCUUCAGCACCAAGGCCAGCCUCACAGCCACGGGCGGGCGUGUGGUUCUGUUGGAGUACCUGGAGGAGCACCCGGCGCUGCUGGCACGACCCGCCAUGGGGGCACGGCUGCUCACCUACUACCAGCGCCGGGACGACCAGGACAUGACGCACAACAACCUCACAGCGCCCGGGGCGGCGCCGGGGGCAGGCGGCGGCGGCGGUGGCGGCGGCGGUGCCGGCGGCGCGGGGGCGGGCGGCGGCGGCGGCAAGCCCGGCCCCGCGGGCGGCCGGCAGCUGUGGAAGCUGGGGACUGUGCAGCCGCUAGGCCCGGAGAACACGCCCUUCUACACGCCGCUGCCGCCCGGGCUGACGGUGCUGUGUGUGGACACACACAUGUUCAAGGCCCCCGCGGCGCCGCACGACCCGCGGCCUUCCGACUUCCUGCUGGUGCGGGCGCCCAACGGCUUCGUGCAGCUGCGCGAGCUGACCGGCACGCUGACGGUGGGCCAGCAGCACCCUCACGAGCGCGUGCCCGACCCCUGGGACGCCGAGUGGAUCAAGGGCUACAACGGCAACCGAGUGUUCGUGGCGGUGGCGCGGGCGCUGCAGCGCAAGGAGAAGCAGAACCCGGCCGCCAAGCCCUUCGUGACGCUCAAGGAGAUCUCCGACCAGCUGCCCGGCAUUCCCCGCGAGGAGGUCACGGAGGAGGCCAAGCUGCGCGAGAUGCUGCGCCCCGACGUGGUGUGCGCGUACGAGUCCAUGCGCGCGGCGGAGCUGCGGCUCAAGGGCCUGGGGCUGGGGCACGUGCAGCACCUGACCGAGGUGGCGCGCAAUGAGCCGGAGCGCUGGCAGGCCGCCGUACGGCAGCUGGCGGAGCUCAACCCCAAGGCCGGCAACGCGCUGCGCCUGAUUGACUGGGCCGUGAACACCGCCCCCUGGGUCACCACCGGCUCCUACACCACAGCCACCCGCGGCGACAUGCGCCACAGCACAUGGCUGAGGGUGGAGGGGCCCUUCGACCCCACAGGCCGCGGCUACGGGCUGUGCUACCAGGCCGACUGGAACCGCGUCACCGGCCGGCCGGAGAGCCUCAAGGAGAAGCCUCCCGCCGAGGGCAGCAUCACGGGCACGGACGCCGACCUGCGCAAGCUGGGUCACGAGGAGGCGGGGCGCAUGCUCAUGGGCUGGGGCGUCAAGAAGGAGGUGGUGGACAGCAUGACAAACAGGUGGCGGCGCAUCGACCUGGUCCGCAAGCUGGCCACUCAGGCGGCGCUGGAGGGCACGGAGGGCUUCAACCAGCACUACGUGCGCAUGCAGAAGAUCAACGUCACGGAGAAGAUCGGCGGCGCGCGCCGCACCGCCGCCGCCAUCCUGCAGAAGCAGCUGGACGCGCUGCGGCGCGACCGCGACUGGGGGCCGCCGCAGGAGGACUAUGGGCUGCUCAGGCCGCUGAGCCGCCGCUCCGCCGCCUCCUCGGCCGCCGCCGCCGCCGCUGCCGAGGACGAGGAGGAGCGGCGCGCCUACGCCGAGCUGGCGCGGGAGGGCUUCCUGGGAGCCGGCGGCGACAAGGCGGCGGGCGGCAAGCCCAAAAAGGGCGGCCCGCUGGAGGCCAAGGCCAAGGACCGGCGCAUCCGCCGCACGCUGGAGCUGCUGGGGCCGCCCGACCCAGACACCGGCGUGCCGGCGGUGGUGGGGCGGCGCGAGCUGUUGUACAGGGACCGCAUGGAGAUGCAGACCGUCAACAGGGGCCUCAACCGCGGCGAGCAGGGCGGCUUCGGCCAGGCCGUGCUGCACCCGCCCGCCUCCAACUUCAUGCCGGGACCCUACGUGCGCACGCACACCACACGCGGCCGCGGCCGAGGGCGGGGCGGCGGCGAAGGACGCGGCACCUACCGGCGGCGUGGCGGCGGCCGCGGCCGUGGCGGCGGCGGCGGCGGCGGCGGCGCUGACGGCAGCGGCGAUGACCACGACGACGGCUCAGACGACGACGACGAGGAUGACCCGGAGGCGCGGGUGAUGCGGCGCAUGGCGGCUGGCACCACCCGCCGCGCCGGCAAGCCGCGACCCGAGCCCAAGGAGGAGGCCGCCAAGGAGGCCAAGGAGGCAAAGCCGCCGAAGGAGCGCAAGCCGCGGCCGCCGCGCGACCCCAACGCGCCGCCCAAGCCGCGCAAGCCCGCCGCGCCGCGUGUGAAGCAGCAAGCCAACGUGUGUGCCGACUGCGGACAGCCCGGACACAAGGCCUACACGCGGCAAUGCCCCAACUUCGCUGGCGAGGUGAGUCUCAGCGACACCGACGAAACGGAGACGGAGGACAUGCUCGACGACGGCGGCGGCGGCGGCGGAGCCGACGGCGGCAUUGACGGCGGCGCCGCCCCAACUGACAGCGCCGCGCCCGCCGGCACCGUUACCACCACCGGGGCCGACGGCGCCGGCGGCGCCGCCGCUGACGGCACGCCUGGCGGCGCGGGCGCCGGCGUGACGCCGCAGACGGGCGGGCGCGCGGCGCGGCGGCGGCCGUCCAAGAAGAUCCGGGAGGAGGAGGAGGAGCCCAUCGAUGAGGAUGACGAGGACGUUGUGAUCAGCGAGGAUGAGGAUUGGGACGCCUAUGCCAGCGAUGAAGACCUGCCGAUGAACCGGCCCCGCGGCUUUGGCGGCGGUGGCGGCGGCGGCCGCCGCCGCGGCGGCGGCGCCGGCGGCGCCGGUCGUGGCGGUGGCCGCGCCGGCCGCGGGGGCCGCGGCGGCGGCCGCGGCGCGGCUCGUGAGUACCGCGAGCGCGCGCCGCGGCAGAAGCGGUUCAAGGAGGAGUUUGACCUGAUCGAUGACGAUGACGAUGAGGAGGAGGACAUUCCGGAGGAGCCGGAUGAGGACUUCAAUGACGUCUUGGAGGAUGAGGAGGAUGAGGGCGAGGACUGGAUGGAGGAGGGCAGCGAGGAUGAAGAGGCGCCAGCGGCGAAGUACAAGCCCCGCGGCACCACCAAUCGCGCCCGCGGCAAGCCGCCGCCGGCGGCGGAGCCGGAGGGCAUUGCCGCCAGCCGCAGCCGCCGAGCCGGCGCCGGCGCCGCCUCGGGCGGCGGCGUGCCGCCAGCCCAGGAUGUAGAGAUGGCGGUGGCGGCGCCACCGCCAGCGCCGGUGGUGGCGGCGCCGCAGCGUGUGGCGGCGGCGCCGCCGCCGCCGCCAGCUGCCAUCGCUGCCGCCGCGCCGGUGGCGUUCACGCCGCCGCCGAUGCCUGUGUACGCGCCGCCGCCGCCGGCACCGGUGCCGCAGCAGCAGUAUCGCGCGCCGCCGCCGGCGCCGCCGCCGCCGCCACAGCAGCAGCAGCCGCGUCAGUCGCAUUCCACCGCCUCAGGCCGCUCGCAGCGCGCGGCGCGUGCCGCCGGCAGCAAACGCAAAUACGUCGAGGACGAUGAUGACGACGACGACGGCGGCGGCGACGAGGAGGAAGAGGAGGACGACGACGACGAUGAGGAGGGCGGCGGCGGCAGCCGCCGCCGCAAGCGCGGCGGCGGUGGCGGAGGAGCUGCCUCCUCUGCCGGCGGAGCCGGCGCCGCUGACGGCGAAGCCGCCGCCGCUGGCGGCGGGGUAGGAGGAGGAGGCGGGCGGGGGCUUGAGAUGACACUGCCGAGGGCGGAGGCUACGAUGCGCAAGGCUUACUCGGGUGUGCUGCUGGCGGCUCGCAAGGUGAACCUGGCUCUCAACUGGUUCAACAAGGCGCCGGACGUGAGGGAGAUGAAGGACUACUACAACUUCGUGCCGCAGCAGAACGUCAUGUGUUUGGAGUUCAUCGAGCAGAAGAUCGGCGGCAAGCGCCCCGGCUCCACCAAGGUCGCCGACCUGCAGUACGCGUCGCCCGCUCAGCUGCGAGCCGACUUCCAACUGCUGCACGACAACUGCAUGAAGUACAACGAACCCGGCCUCUCGCCGUACAACUUCCCGCCGGCGCGCGAGGCGGCGGGCCGGGUGCUGGCGGCGGCGGACGCGGCCCUCGCCAAGAUCCAAAACAGCCGGCCGCUGCUGGCGGCGCUGGAGUUUGCCAAUAGUGUGGAGCACUGGAUCCAGUGCACUCGCUGCAGCAAGUGGCGGCGGGCGCAGUACGAGCAGUACGCGCGCCUGCGCACGCUGCCCAACUUCCAGUGCGGCCACAUACCGGGCCGCGGCUGCGCGGAGCCCUGCGACGGCUGUGCCAAGCCCGACGGGUGCGAGUGCGUGGCGUAGUGGUGGUGUGGAAUUGGUGUGGUGUAGGGGCGGGGGCAGGAGUGGUGGUGGAAAGGAGGGGAAGGAACGGCGCCGGGGGAGGUGCGUGUGCGGUUGUGGUGGUGUUGCAUGCAUGGCUGCACCGUGCGCAUGUGUGUGUGUGUGUGUGUGUUGAAGAGCACAAGGAGGUGUUUGUGUGUGUGAAUGUUGCGCAGCAUCCAUGGAUAGGUGAACGCGGGUGGGGGGCUUUUUACUGGAGGGCAAAGCCAGGGGAAUGCCGGUCGUGAGGUGGGGCUCGCGGAAUGAGUUUGUGAAGAGCUUGCAUGGCUAAGAAUCAGACAGGCGGGACGUUGCGUUGGGCGCAUGAAAGCGCCGCAUGUGUGUUCGGGCAAGGAGAGGUAGGUGGCGGAUGAAAUUUGGCUGGCCGUGACUCCAGCUGAGGAGCUGGAGUUCGUGUAAGCGCCUCUGUGUUUUCGGGUGUGUUUCAGUCACCCAAUGCUGCCAAGGGGGCAGAAGUUCUCAUGGUUUGGCGUGGCUCAUGCUCGGCAAAGUCAAGGAGGUGAUUGCACUGCUUUUGCGGCGAUGGAGAGGACCGACGUGUCGCCGGAUGGCCGGUUCUUACGCUGCGGCUGUGGCUGGCGACUGAGCAUGUGUAAGCAUGGCUGCGAACAUUCUUGAAGAC